UAACAUUUGGUAUGAUGAGCCCCAAAAUGUAUUAUCAUACAAAAGUCAUCAGCGAACUUUUUUUAGAUUCGCGUUUCAAUGAUACCCUGAAUAACGUUAGAGGAUCAACUCAAGUUAUUGAUUUCUGGCGGUUUGUGGACUACGUAAUGCUGGAUAAUAUGUAUUGGCAAAACUGGUAUAGUAGUAAUGCAGCUAGUUCUCUGGAUCGCAACAUUUUGUACGAGAAUCGACUUUUGGGUUCCCCUCGACUCAGACAGUUACGAGUGAGAAAUGACUCGUGCGAUGUUCACGAAGACUUCACAUCAGCGAUUUCCUCGUGCUAUAAUUCGUACUCUCGUGAAACCGAGGACAUGAAACCCUUUGGUUUGAUGAAUGGAACAGCAUGGCAAUAUUUCUCAGAAGAACAGUUAAAUGGAUCCAGCCACUGGGGAAGACUUGCCACUUAUAGUGGGGCUGGAUCAUAUGUAAACUUAGGGACAACUAAGAAAGCUGCAAAAGAAAUCAUGGAUAUAUUAAGAAAGAACUUGUGGCUUAGCAGAGCAACAAGAGUAGUGUUCUUGGACUUUACUGUUUAUAAUGCAAAUAUCAAUCUCUUUUGUGUUGCAAGGAUUGUAUUUGAGUUUCCACCCACUGGAGGGAUGAUACCAUCCUGGACUUUCCGUACAGUUAAGCUGUUACGUUAUGUUCUCCCCUUUGACUAUUUUAUUAUGGGCUGUGAGAUCAUGUACUUUUUUUUUAUUGUCUACUACAUUAUAGAGGAAGCUAUUGAGAUCAACAAGAAUAAGUGGAAAUACUUCAAGUCAAUUUGGAAUGUUUUGGAUAUCAUAGUAAUUGUGGUAUCGCUUGUGUGCAUAGCCUUCAGUGUUUACCGAACCCUCACAGUGGACACAGUGUUGGAAAGUUUGUUAAGCAAACCAGAUGACUUUGCAGACUUUGAGUUCCUAGGAUUUUGGCAAACACAGUUCAACAAUGCUGUAGCUUUUGCCAUCUUUUUUGUAUGGAUAAAGAUUUUCAAGUACAUUAGUUUUAACAAAACCAUGACACAACUUUCGUCAACUUUGUCACGGUGUUCCAAGGACAUUGCAGGAUUUGCUGUUAUGUUUUUUAUUGUCUUUUUUGCAUAUUCCCAACUUGGUUACUUGUUGUUUGGCUCCCAAGUUCAUGGCUUUAGUAACAUCAUGAAGGCUACCUUUACUCUACUACGAGUGAUUCUGGGUGAUUUUGACUUUAAUGAAAUUGAAUCAGCCAACAGACUUCUUGGUCCUAUAUAUUUUCUCAGCUAUGUAUUUUUCGUUUUCUUUGUUCUGAUGAAUAUGUUCUUGGCCAUCAUCAAUGACACAUAUGCUGAAGUCAAGUCAGAAAUUGCCAACCGAAAGAGUGAGUUUGAAAUUGGAGAAUAUUUUUUACAGAGCUACAAAAACUUGGUGAGUAAGAUGGGGAAACGAGAUAAAAUUGCUGAAAUUCAAAAUGCAAUGAAACAAACCAAUGAAGAUAAAUUUUCAUAUGAUGAAAUUCGUAAGACUUUGAAGAGACAAAAUUUUACUGAUAUCGAAAUUGAGAUGAUUUUUUCCAAGUAUGAUCUGGAUGGUAAUAGAGAACUUGAUAACACUCAAAUGAAACGGAUGCUUGCAGAUCUGGAAGGUCAAAAGCAUUUGCUUGAUAAGGAUAUACAAAAUGUAAAACAGAAAACUGCUGCAGAGACCUCUGGAGGAGGAGAGGGUGUUGCUCUGGUUGAAUACAAUGUAUUAUCCCAAAGGGUUGAUCGAAUGGAACAUUCCAUUGGAAGUAUUGUGUCAAAGGUUGAUGCUGUCUUGAUGAAAAUGAAUGGAAUGGAGCAAGCCAAAGCAAAACGGCGAGAAAAUGUCAGUAAAAUUCUAGACACUAUAUCAGAGAAUGAUGGACUGGAUGAAAAGGCUAAACGACAGGAAAUGGAGAAAAUAGUACGAGAAGAACUACAACACUUGGACUCGGAGACCACAAUGAAUUUGCCUCAUCAUUCUGCUAGACGUAACAGAAAUUAGCCUAACCUGCCCAGGAAGACUAAGAGGUAUAAAAGGGCUUGUACUUCACUGAACAUAUUUAUAGAGAAAAAUCACUUAUUAUUAGCAGAGAUCAUUUUGUGUGAGUUAGUUUCACUUUUUAGUGGCAUAUCAUAUUUCAAGUAACACAAAAAGAUGAGCUCUUAUCCCAGAUUUGAAUCCAAAUAUACUAAAAACUAAAGUGUUUUGUCAAAAUGUUACAAACUACAUCUAACUAAACCAUAAGGUAAUAUUAAAUUGGUUUUGAGAGCAAAAUGAAAUGAGUUUUUUUUUGGAGUUUAGCAUGAAUAGCUUAAUUUCUUUCUCAUGAAAAUUAUAAAAUAUUUUCUGAAUUAAAUAAAAAUAAUCUUCUCAAACUAUGUUUAUUUCUUAUAUGAAUAAUAAGCAAUACAAACAUGUCAUAUGAUGUAAACCUUACUUUUUUUGAAAUAUUCAUUUACCUGUGAUACAUUCAAUGAACAAUAUCCUAUAUAACUGUGUGUAUAUAAAUAUAUAUCUGUGUGUGUGUGUUAAAAUACAGGUUAUAAUGCUAAAAUUUAGGGUUUGAUUUGAUCCAGUUGUGACAGAGUGGGAAUAGUCUAUUGUAUGGCUUUGCACUAAAACAAACUAUAUCCAGGAUUUAUAAUGGCACAGUUAAAAGGGCUUAAAACUAUGUACUGUAUGUAAGUUUCUAGUAUUGUGUGGAAAUCUAUUUACGAUACUCUGUUCUUGGGAAUGCUAAAACUAUCUUGAUAAGCAUUACAUAAUAUGAUAUGAAAAAACCUGUCACUGUCAAAAUUGCAUUGAAAAUGUUACUUGCAUAAUUUAGAACCAAAGAUUUAAAUGCUUUAUCUAAAUUUUAAUUGUUAGUAUUGUUUAAUUGUAUUUAUUUUUCAUAAUUAUACUCUACAUUUAGUUGUAUGUCUUGUAUCUUAGCACUGUAAAUAAUAACUGUGUAAAGUAAGAUAAUCUAAAGUCAUGCUGUUGUUCCUUUACAUGAAAUGUUGGCCUGCAAACUGCUGAUAAAGGAUUGUUAAUAGAUAAAGAGUUGUUUAUCCUCAAGUAAUUCUUGGACAGUUUAGUUUAAAGAAUAAGAAUCAAUUAUAAUAAAGUUACAUGAGAAAAAAAUGGUUCAAAUUUCAUAUCAUGUGAUUACUUCACAGUUAAAUAAAGCUGUUAUUUUUAUUAAACACUAAAUAAGCUGUAAUGGACUUAUGAAAAAAACUCUACAAAUAUUAUAAGGUACAUUAGAAAUUAGUAUUUUUAUUCUUUGGAUAUUUAAGAAACUGAAAUAAAUAGCUAAUAAGAAGUUGUUUCAACUUAUACAGUUUUUAACUCCAUUAACAUUAUUUCAUUCUGGGGUUCAAAGUGACCUUUUGUAAAUUUUAUGAAAUGAUAAAUUUAGAUUUAUCAGUGCGAAUUAUUACUAGAUCAUUAAAUGUUUUUGCAAUAUAGUGGAAGUAGAAUUAAACAAGUUAGUAAAGAAUGAUUUAUCAAGGUAUAUGCCAUUUUUGAAUUGAAAUGCAAUAAAUCUAAAUUUAUUUGUAUAAGAAGUUUUGUAAUGACAGUUUACUAUAAUUAAUAGAGCAACACAUAAAUAAAUGCAAGAAUAUUAUCCUACUAAUGACAAUACUCAAGUUUAAUAAAUCUCCACCAUAAGUUGCAGUUAACCACAUACUGUACAUGCUUAUACAUUAUUUGAUACUUUUUAUAACUAAAAAAUAUGCUCUCUGAAAUAUAAUUGAAUAAAAAGAAAGCAUUUAAUUUGUAAUCGUUGUGACAAGUAACAUUAUUUAUACAAUACUUAAAAGGUUAAAAACUUUCUUCUUUUUAAAUUUUACAGAAAAAAAUACACAUUAUGUUUUAUGUAGUAGUUGAUUUGAUCAAUCCUAAACAAAGUUGGAAAAGAUUUUGAAUGAAAAACUUUAAUCAUUAAGAAUAAUAAAGUAAAUAAAGAUGGAAUUUAAGGUUGUUUUUUUUUUUCUAAACUGCUUUUCUUCUGUAUAAGAGUUGUUUAAUAGUUUGGUUCAUAGCUGCUUAAGUUAUACACAUAUUGUUCAUUUUUAUGAAUGCAAAUUACAUUUCACAUACUGAUGUAUUUCCAUAAAAUCUGCUACGUUGUUUUUUAAUAGAAUAUAGUUUUUUACAGUAUAUGAUACUGUUAUAAGC